CGUCAGUCUAUGUAUAAAGUCGGAAGAAGCAACGCGGAAUCCACGUACGUACACGUAUCGAUCUGAACGGCGAAGGAGCACGCGUACGCUUGUUUGAAUUCACCCGCUGAGCACACUGGGCGGUAUCAGUAGCAGAUCGCGAGUCCUCGAGUGAGGUCCAUCCUUGCAGACCGCGUUUCGCAGUCGAGCCACCGCGCGGAUCCAUCCCGCCUCGAGACUCGUCGGAAAAUACCUCUCCACUUAUACACGAUCCACGAGGAUCGCAUGACGAAAGUUAACGCGCACGCCAUCGCGUUCACGCCGAUUCGAAAAUAAAAACGUCCGACGAGGAGAACGGAGGAGAAAGGAGAAACCGGAGGAGUCGAGGGAACUUUCGUGGAGAGAGUUGCUAGCCCUUAGAUCGUUGUAUCCAGCGGCGUAUCCGGCCGGCAGUUUCGAACGAUACCACCACGGCAAAAAUGACUUUGCCGCUGUUUAAAUUAAUUGUGACGUUAGGAGCGGUUCUCAGCUUGGUCGAAUUUUCCUCCAGCGCGGCGGUCAGAUCGGAGGAGUUCGCGGAGCAAGUGCGACAGAUCGUCCACGAGUCCGAUCCCGACAGAGCUUACCCCGACGAAGCCUACCCCGACAGCUUGAGGAUCCUAAGGGCGACCGAAAGCGGAAGCGACAAACCUAAACGGAACUGCUAUGAUUCACCAUGCGGAUGGAACGCGUACGAUCGCAUCACUCGUCGAUCCAAAGUUUUCAUGGCAAAUACAUGCAGAUGCCCCGACGAAACCUACAGGUGCGUACACACUGGUGAGAACUUGUCGAUGAGCGCGUAUGUAUAUCAUUGCCGUCAAAAUACGACGGUGGAUUUCGAUGACGGUUUGGACUCUGCAGACUACGUAAAUUAGAACGUGCGUCCGUUGUCAUGGUGUCAACCACUACUUCACCGUGUCGAACGAACAGAUUUCCACUUACCUCCUGGUCCCGGGAACGCCGACUAUUCCUUCGUUAUCGGCCAGUAAUAUUCUUCGUCCAUUUCCUCUUCCAGUAAUCUCCUUGUGCCAUUGGUUCACGAGAAAGGAUGGCCAAUAAUGACACGAACGUCUUGUGUUGACUCUCAUGCACGUAAACACAACUUAGGAUGAAAAACAGGACGGGUCACCAGUUUUAUUUUCAUCGCGUGCAAAGUUUUUCUGACGGUGAACUUCGAAGUUUCGCGGUCGACUAAACCUAACCCUGCGACGAAAGCGCCACGCGAAACUCGAAUUGUACGCAGAGUCCCGAUUCAAAUCCGACUGUUCCCGACGACCAGAAUUAUAUUAAGUUGAAUAGUAUAUGCUCUAAAUUUUUUGCUCAUCGGCAUUCGUUCGAUUAUAUUUAAGAGUUUUCACCAAAUUUUUAGUAUUAGGACACGGAUCGAAUGAAAAUCGAGAGAUGUUCGAACAAAAGUUAUCGGAACCCGAAUCACGAGCGCGAGACUUUGAGACCCAAGUAUUAUGCCACACAACGAUUGUUUUCAACAGAAUUCGAUACAGUAGCUUCUCUUUAAUUACUCUUCAUGAUUCUCAUACAGUUUUAGCAAGAUUUUUUAAUUCAAAUUAUUGAUUUUUACCUUGAUACUCAACUGUGUGUCUUCGAACAGCAUCAAUCUGAACAGGAACUGACGAACUAGACGAACAGGAAGUAACUGACCGGUUGAUUAUUAGGCGGGAAUUCUGCGUUGCCAUGGAAACGAAAGUAUUACGCCAUACAACAAUUGUUUUCGAUAAAAUUUAAUACAGUAGCUUGUUUUUAAUUAUUGUUCGUGAUUUUUGUAUAAUUUUAGCAAGAUGUUUUGAUUAAAAUUAUUAAUUUUUACCUUAAUACUCAACCGUGUGUCUUCGAACAGCGUCACCUCGAGUAGACGAAUAGGAACUGACCAGUUGGUUAUUAGGCGGGAAUUCUGUGUUGCCAUGAAAACAAAAGUCUCGCGCUAAAUUGAGAUUGUUCAAUUCGUGAAAAAAACCGUUGCGAAUUUCUAACGUUGCUGAAAUCGAUAUAAAAGUGAAAAAUGAGAUACAAACGAAUCGCAGAUUGAUAUACUAUCGUUCGACAUAAACUAGACGCACGGAAGCAAAACCGUAAAUUAAAAAUUUUCCAUCAAACUAUGCACAACGUAAAAUUCGCCAUAAAGCGAUUAAGUAGCAACUCGUAUUAAUCCUUUACGAAUGCAUACAAGAAUUUUGAAUUUAGUCUGUUUAAAUUUUAAUCAUCCCAGACUCAAUUCGUGUUAUUAAAAGCAAUUUUCAAUCUCGUUCAAGUUUCUAUCAAAUUGUUGAUAAGAAUAUAAACAUUCGUAUUUGUAACUGUAAUUCCUAAAAUAUAUUACUUCGAUAAAUAAACAGGAAAUCGCGUUUUAAAUUCCUGACGGAAAUAUUGCACGGCCUAUUAGGAUGUAAAGUUAUUUGCAUAUUGCGUCAUUUCCGUUUAUCAUAAAUUCAGCAGGAAAAAUUUUAAAAGACAUUAAUCAUUUUAUCUACGUAAAACACAUUGAACGUCUAAUUCAAUUUUCAGACACUUGUCGAAGAUCAAUUUCGACAUCGAAACAAAUUUGAAUUUUAAAGCAAUUGAAAUAACGAUCUUAUUCAUCGAAGUUCAUUAUUAAAUGGAAAUAAUUACUUUAAGUUAACUCUUUGCGGACGUUGUCUGCAUAUACUGGGCAACAUACUCUUACCAUUGUACAUCGAGAAAUUCUUUAGAAACCUAUUGCAUAAAUCAAAAAAAUUGAUUUCUUUAAUAUAUACAUAUAUAUAUUAAAAUAAUAUGUAUACAUUGGAUAAAGUAAUUUUAACAUACUAAAAUGUCCGUCCGUGAGGGGUUAAUCGCACCUUGUAUGUAUUCAAGGUGAUGUAAACGUAGCAAAGUUAGUUACAGUAUUUUAAUAAGGCGCAAUCCACUAUUUUGUACUUAACGGGAGAAAUUCUUUCGAAUUUUUUGUGUAUCAUAAUCAACUAUUUAUAACGACCUAAAAACAAUAGUAAUGUAACUAAUAUCAUUCAUUCAGUACGUAACAUCAUACUCGAAUUUUUAUUCAAAGAUCAAAGAGGUCCCUACUCCAGCUAAUGUUUAUUCGUAUCUUUUACGUUUCAUAGAUAUACUACAUCGUCUUGCAAUUGCUUUUGAAUAAUAUAAAAAAAUACUUUAUGAUAAGACACGGAAGUAACAACACAUUAUCUCGUCUUCUUCAAUUGCAUUACAUUUGAUAUACAUGAAACGAUAAAAUAGAAAAGUAAUUAUAUAGAAACGUUUUUCUACACGUUUGCAGUUUCUAUUUACUAUAUUACCAAAAUACACAUAUAGCUUAUAUUCUUAAUUCUUGUUUGAAGUAUAAAUUAUACUUAAUUUUCUUUUCAUAUAUUUUAUUAAUUUGAUGGAUUUUUACUUUUUUUCAAAAUGUAUACUACUAUUAAGAAAAGAUUCAACUAACAACUCGAAUGUUGCACGAUUAAUUUGUGCGAUACAUCACUCAGAAAAUUAAUAAGAUUCUAAAUGUUAUCAGCGUUUUAAGAAAGCAUGUAGAAAAUACUGUAGAAAAUAGUUCAGGCAAUGUAUUCGUAUGCAGUAUUUCAUUUAAUAUUUAAUACACAGGAAGGGUAAAUUAUCUAUAGUUGUACGAUUAUCGAUGUUAUCAUUUUUAAUAAAAAUAAGUAAUGUUGUAGGAAA